AUGGAGGAGUUUGGUGGGGUGAAGCAGAAGAAGAAAGAGUUGACAAAAAAGAUUGAAGAGCUUGAUAAUAAAGAGGAGUUUGGUGAAUUGUCUAAUGCUGACUUUGAAGAGAGGCUGAAGACUUGUCUUGAUUUGCAGAGUGUUGAGUUGAUGGAGGCUAGAAAGUGGAAUGUCAGAGCAAAACAAAAUGAGUUUAAAUGGGGUGACUCUAAUACUUCAUAUUUUCAUAGGAUAGCAAGUGCUAGAAGGAAAAGGAAUACUAUUGUCAAGUUAGAAAUUGACGAUGAAGAAUGUUUUGAUCAGAAUAUAAUUAAAUUAGAAAUAAAGGAUUUUUAUUCUAACUUAUUUGUUGAGCACAAUGAUGUGGCAUUUUCUUUAGAUAAUCUGUCAUUUCCAAAAAUAGAUGACAAAGAGAAGUUGUGGAUGGAAAGAGAAUUCAGUGAAGAAGAAGCUUACAAUGUUAAAGACUGUAAUGCCAAAUUGGUGUCUAAUUUUCAAGGAGCUUUUGUUAAGAAUAAGCAAAUACUGGAUGGGGUGUUGAUAGCUAGUGAGUGUGUCAAUAGUAGGCUCAAAGAUAAGAAAGUUGUUGUCUUGUGUAAGAUUAACAUGGAGAAGGCGUUUGACAACGUCAAAUGGAAAACGUUAUAA